UGACUUAAGUUAGUUGUCCAAUUAUUAACAUAUUCCCUUAUCUUACUAAGAUAAGACUAUAAUUAAUAUAUGUUCGUUGAAUUAACGGAGAUAUUCCCAACUUGACGUUCGACACUCCUCACAUUUUUUUAGGUUAUGUGACAGCUGUCAUCAAUUUUUUUAGUUAGGGCCGGUGUUCCGAAAAUUACAAGCAAAGUUGUCUUUUUGUGCUAAUUAAUAUUAUUGAGAUUUUUCACUACAAUAAUGUCCGGAGACACUGAAAAAGCAAUUUACACAUCUGAGAAAACUGGCAAUGAUAACUCAGGUGAUGGCAGUGAAAGCAACCCAUUUAAAACCAUCUUGCAGGCCAUGAGGUCGGCUGGUUCCGAACCCUUUCCCACCAUAUAUGUGGAUGGAAAAGAGGAUGGUGUUAAGUACGAUGUGGCCGCCAAGUCACAACUGAAGAAGAUACAAAAAAUUUGGGUGAGAGAAAAUUAUAAACAAGCAGAUAAGACAAAACAGGAAAGUGAAGAUGCCGAGAGGAGAGCUAAAAACUUAGAGGAAGCCAAGAAAGUGAUUGUUACUGAAGAUGAGUCAUUACCAUCCGCUCAGAGGAUUAAAAUUUGUCAAGGAGAAAAAUACAGAGGUAAAAGAGUAAAAAUCUAUGGAUGGGCGCACAGAAUCCGUCGACAGGGCAAGAACUUAAUGUUCGUCACUUUAAGGGACGGAACUGGGUUCUUACAGUCCGUACUAAACAACCAGCUAUGUCAAACUUAUGAUGCCCUAGUGUUACAAACUGAAUCGACCGUUUUGCUGUAUGGCACUCUCACGGCGGUGCCUGAAGGAAAAACUGCCCCAGGUGGACAUGAACUGAUGGUGGACUAUUGGGAGCUGAUUGGUUUAGCGCCACCAGGUGGUGCCGAUGCGAUUCUUAACGAGGAGGCUUUGCCAGACGUCCAAGCGGAAAACAGGCAUAUUAUGAUUAGGGGGGAGAACACCUCUAAGGUUUUAAGGAUGAGAUCUGUCCUCCUACAGGCAUUUAGGGAUCAUUAUUUGGAUAGGGGUUAUUGCGAAGUAACACCGCCGUCGAUUGUCCAGACGCAAGUGGAAGGUGGUUCGACCCUCUUUAAAAUGGACUAUUUCGGUGAGGAAGCUUAUCUCACUCAGAGUUCCCAGCUUUACUUGGAAACUUGUCUGCCCUCCAUGGGGGAUGUUUUUUGCAUUGCGGAGAGCUUCAGGGCCGAACAGAGCAGGACCAGGAGACAUUUGGCUGAAUAUACGCAUGUGGAAGCCGAAUGUCCUUUUCUCACCUUCAAUGACCUGCUAGACAGGUUGGAGGAUUUAAUUUGUGAUGUGGUGGAGCGGGUGCUUAAGUCUCCUUACGGGCAUAUUGUGCAUGAAUUAAACCCAACCUUCCAAGUGCCCACGAGGCCAUUUUUAAGGAUGAAUUACGCCGAUGCCAUCGAGUAUUUAAAGGAGAACAACAUUACUAAGGAGGAUGGUUCUUUUUAUGAGUUCGGCGAGGAUAUUCCAGAAAUGCCCGAGCGUAAAAUGACCGAUAAAAUCAACAAACCUAUUAUGUUGUGCCGCUUUCCCGCUAACAUAAAAUCGUUCUAUAUGAGCAAGUGUCCUGAGGAUGUCCGUUUGACCGAGAGCGUGGACGUUUUGUUGCCUAAUGUGGGGGAAAUCGUGGGAGGAUCGAUGAGGAUACACAAUUUAGAGGAGCUAUUGGAAGGUUAUAAACGUGAAGGCAUCGACCCCGCUCCGUACUUCUGGUACACCGACCAAAGGAAAUACGGCACCUGUCCGCACGGCGGCUACGGCUUAGGACUUGAACGGUUCUUAUGCUGGUUACUCAACCGGUACCACAUCAGAGAAGUUUGCUUGUAUCCCAGAUAUUUGAACCACUGUAAACCCUAAACGACUUUAACAAAAAAAAAUUGAACAUGCAUUUCUUAUUACUGUUUAAUUUUUUUAUUGUUUUGUAUGAGCUUUAUGUACCCUUCCUGUUAAAUAAAUACAAAUAGGGUGUUA